AUGGAGAAUCCUUUAAAAAAUUUUAAUUUUUUAAAUACAAACUUUGAAAGUUUUGGCUAUUUUUUUAUAAUUAUUAAUAUAUUUGUGGCUAUUAUAUCGAUAUAUUUUAUAAGAUAUAUAAAAAAAUUUCCAAAGAAAAAUUUUAAAAACACAGAAAAUUCUUUGAGUAAGGAUGAUUUUUUUAUAUAUGAACGAAAAACCGGAUUAUUAGAAAAAUUCGAUUUAAAAGAAAUAUCUAAAAACAUUUGGGAUGGUAAUUAUAAAGACAGUUGUGAAGGAAGUUCUAUAGAUGAUGUAAGCGAAAUAACUUUAGAUACAGAAUCGAGUAAUUGUGAUACAUGUUAUAACAGUGAAAAUAUAAAAAUAAAAAAAUAUCUUAAAAUAAAUGAAGAAUUAAAUGAUAUCAAAGAUGAUUUAGGUAUUAUAGAUAUAGAACUAAAAAAACUUUUAGAAAAAGAAAAAAAUCUUAAUAUUAACGAUAUAAAUAAUAUUUUGAAUUCAACAAAUUAUGAAUCUAAACACAUUGAUGAAUCGAAUAAAGUGUUUAAUAGAUCAAACAAUAUUACCGAUAAAGAUCAUACAAAAAAUGAUAUAAAUGCAAAUUUAACUAAUCCUACAAAUAUUAUAAACACACUGAGCGAUUACUCAACUAUAAAAAAAUAUUCUAUCAUAAAAGAAACUGAUAGAAGCACAGAAUCUAUAUAUAAUGUAAAACAUGAUAACACUUGUCAUGAUUUAAAAGCAUCAAACUUGGCAUCUAAUUACAAUAAUGAGAUCAAAUACAACUCGAUUGAUAAAUCUAUUAAUCAGCUUCAAAUUUAUGAGAAGAAUCUGAAUGAACACAUCAUACAAGAUUCUGUGGAAAAAGACAAUAAUCUGUGUUUGAAUCAAUUAUUAGAAACAUCAGAAAAACCAAGCAAAGUUAUCGAAGCUAGAAAUGCAAACAUAACUGCAUACAAUAUGGAUGAUAAUAAAAUAGACCAUUUAGAAAAAUAUGAACAAAACGAAAAAAUAAAAAAUGAUGAAAAUUAUAGUGAAGGAAAAGAAAAAUCAAAUAAAAAAUUGGGGGGAAAACUUAGUAAAUUUAAAAAGACAAACAAAGAAAGUUCAUUUGUUGGUUUAAUAUAUGGAUUGUUCAAUGGAAAUAAAAAAAAUGUUAAGGUAAAAGAAAGCCAAAAUGAGGAAAUAAAAAACACAGAAAAUUUUAAAUAUUCAACCAACAAAUUAAAAGACAAUAGUGAUACUAGUAUUCCCAAUACUUCGGAUGCUACCAUCGAUGCUGAUAAUGAUAAAGAAAAUCAUUCAGUUUCCUUAGAGAUAACUGACAAUGACAAAAUAUAUCAUGAAAAGUUGAGCUACUUCACAGCAAAAGCGGAAAAUAAAGAUGUAAAAAAUAUAGAUGUAGAAAAUACAGAUGUAGAAAAUAUAGAUGUAAAAAAUAAAGAAGCAGAAAAUGUAGAUGUAAAAAAUAAAGAAGCAGAAAAUAUAAAUGUAAAAAAUAAAGAAGCAGAAAAUAUAGAUGUAAAAAAUAUAGAUGUAAAAAAUACAGAUGUAGAAAAUAAAGCAGAAAAUAUAAAUGUAAAAAAUAAAGAAGCAGAAAAUGUAGAUGUAAAAAAUAAAGAAGCAAAAAAUAUAGAUGUAGAAAAUAAAGAAGCAGAAAAUGUAGAUGUAGAAAAUACAGAUGUAGAAAAUACAGAUGUAGAAAAUACAGAUGUAGAAAAUACAGAUGUAGAAAAUAUAGAUGUAAAAAAUGUAGAUGUAAAAAAUAAAGAAGCAGAAAAUGUAGAUGUAAAAAAUAAAGAAGCAGAAAAUGUAGAUGUAGAAAAUACAGAUGUAGAAAAUAUAGAUGUAGAAAAUAAAGAAGCAGAAAAUGUAGAUGUAGAAAAUAAAGAAGCAGAAAAUAUAGAUGUAGAAAAUAAAGAAGCAGAAAAUAUAGAUGUAGAAAAUAAAGAAGCAGAAAAUGUAGAUGUAAAAAAUAAAGAAGCAGAAAAUGUAGAUGUAAAAAAUAAAGAAGCAGAAAAUGUAGAUGUAGAAAAUAAAGAAGCAGAAAAUAUAGAUGUAAAAAAUAAAGAAGCAGAAAAUGUAGAUGUAGAAAAUAAAGAAGCAGAAAAUAUAGAUGUAAAAAAUAAAGAAGCAGAAAAUGUAGAUGUAAAAAAUAAAGAAGCAGAAAAUGUAGAUGUAGAAAAUAAAGAAGCAGAAAAUAUAGAUGUAAAAAAUAAAGAAGCAGAAAAUGUAGAUGUAAAAAAUAAAGAAGCAGAAAAUGUAGAUGUAGAAAAUACAAAUGUAGAAAAUACAGAUGUAGAAAAUACAGAUGUAGAAAAUAUAGAUGUAAAAAAUAAAGAAGCAGAAAAUGUAGAUGUAAAAAAUAAAGAAGCAAAAAAUAUAGAUGUAAAAAAUAAAGAAGCAGAAAAUGUAGAUGUAGAAAAUAAAGAAGCAAAAAAUAUAGAUGUAAAAAAUAAAGAAGCAGAAAAUGUAGAUGUAAAAAAUAAAGAAGCAGAAAAUGUAGAUGUAGAAAAUAAAGAAGCAGAAAAUGUAGAUGUAGAAAAUACAGAUGUAGAAAAUAUAGAUGUAAAAAAUAAAGAAGCAGAAAAUGUAGAUGUAAAAAAUAAAGAAGCAGAAAAUGUAGAUGUAGAAAAUACAAAUGUAGAAAAUACAGAUGUAGAAAAUAUAGAUGUAAAAAAUAAAGAAGCAGAAAAUGUAGAUGUAGAAAAUAAAGAAGCAGAAAAUGUAGAUGUAGAAAAUACAGAUGUAGAAAAUACAGAUGUAGAAAAUAUAGAUGUAAAAAAUAAAGAAGCAAAAAAUAUAGAUGUAAAAAAUAAAGAAGCAGAAAAUGUAGAUGUAGAAAAUAAAGAAGCAGAAAAUAUAGAUGUAAAAAAUAAAGAAGCAGAAAAUGUAGAUGUAAAAAAUAAAGAAGCAGAAAAUGUAGAUGUAGAAAAUACAGAUGUAGAAAAUAUAGAUGUAAAAAAUAAAGAAGCAGAAAAUGUAGAUGUAAAAAAUAAAGCAGAAAAUGUAGAUGUAAAAAAUAUAGAUGUAAAAAAUAAAGAAGCAGAAAAUGUGGAUGUAAAAAAUAAAGAAGCAGAAAAUGUAGAUGUAAAAAAUAAAGAAGCAAAAAAUAUAGAUGUAGAAAAUACAGAUGUAAAAAAUAUAGAUGUAGAAAAUAAAAACAUAGAUAGAUUAAGUAAUGAACAAAUUGAAUAUUCAAUAAACAGAAAAAUAAAUAAUGAAUAUAUUAAGGAUAUUGAAAAUAUAGCUCAAAACGAAGUUCGAGAAAUAAGCAAAAAUAAAAAAAGUGAAAAUGAUGUUAUCAAUUGUAUAAAUGCAAAAGAAAGCAUAAAUAUAUCAAAUAAUAGUAAUUAUAAAAAAACAGAACUAGCGAAUAAACAUAUUUAUAGUCAAAUGGAAAAUAUAAUAAACAAUGAAAAGGUAUCUAAUAGUAUCAGCGAACAAAGAAGUAUUGAUAAUGCAACAAAAACAGAAAAUGGCUUAAUCUUAAAAGCCUCAAAAAAAUCUUUAUCAGAAAAUAUUCAAAACAAACAAAAUUCAACCAUUAUAACAAAAACAAAGGAUCCAAAUAAAAAUGGUUCUAUUAUAAACAUUUAUCGUUAUUAUGAUCGUGCAAAUGGAAAUAGUUCAGCAAAUAAUUCAUUUGAAAAGGAAGAAAAAACAAAUUUAUGCAUUAAAGGUUCAGAAAAAUUGUCACUUGAAAGAGACGCAAAGUUAUAUUCCAACAUUGAUGAUUCAAAUAAAAGAAAUUCAAGGACAAAUAUUUGCAUAACAAACUCCGAAGACCAUUCAAACGAUAAGGAAUCAAAUAGUGAUGUUUACAUUAAUGGUUCAGAAAAUAGUUCAAGUAAGGAAUCAUCAAAAUUGGGUUCAUAUUUUAAAGGUUCUGAAUAUUCAAUGAGAGAAGAGGAAUCAAGGACAAAUUUACACGUUAAUGAUUCAGAAUAUACAUCAAUUAAAAAAAUGUCACGAAUGGCUUCUUAUAUUAACGGUUCAGAGAAGACACUAAGCAAAAAGGACUUGAAAAUGGCUUCUCAUAUCAAGCCAGAAAAAACAUUAAGUAAAAAGGACUUGAAAAUCAAUUAUCAUAUUAACACGUCAGAAAAAAUACUAAGUGAAAAAAAUUUGGAAAUCGAUUCUAAUAUUAAUAAUUCAGAAAAAACAUUGAACAAAAAAGACUUUAAAAUCGAUUCUAAUAUUAACAAGUCAGAAAAAGCAUUAAGCAAAAAGGGAUUGAAAAUUGAUUCUUACAUUAACAAGCCAGAAAAAACAUUAAGUAAAAAGGGCUUGAAAAUCGAUUCUCAUAUUAACAAGUCAGAAGAAAUACUAAGCGAAAGUGAUACAAAAAGGGAUUGCUACGUAAAAGGCUCGAAAAAUACAUUAAGCGAAAGAUGCUUAAAGAAAGGCUCAUAUAUUAGUGACUUGGAAACAAAUUCGAUUCAUAAAGAAGUGAAAAUGAAUCCUCAUAUUAAUGACUCAAAAGAAGUUGUGAGCGAACAAGUCAGAAAGGAAAAUGCUUUUUUCACAAGUUCUUAUAAAUGCGGGAACGAAAAAAUUUCAAAGGGAAGUAAUAACGAACUUACAAUAAACGAUUUAAAUGAUACACAAUCAGAAAAUAGUGGAUGUGAAGAAAGCUCAAGAAAUUUUAAUAUUAUGAAUAAUUCAGACAAUAUUUUAAAUGAAAAAAAAAAUUAUGAAUUAGAAGACAUUAACAGUUUAAAUGAUCCAAGUAUAAUAGAAUCAUCUGGAAAAAGUUCAAAACAGAUAAAAAAACUAAAAGAAUAUUUUGUAGAUGAAAAUAUAAAUUUAAGCACAUUAAAUGAUUCUAAAAAUAAUAUAAGCGCGGAAACAAAUAAAAAUACAAUAGAAAAUUCGCAACAGCUAAAAAUAUAUGAUUUUAAACAUCUUAAAGAAAAAUAUAAAUUACAAAAAGAAAAGAAAGAACAGGAAUUAAUUCAAUUUCAAAAUAAUUUAAAGAAUGAAUUUAUAGAAUUAAAUGAAAUCAGAAAAAACCAAAAAAAAAGUCUAGAAAAUACCCAAGAAAACUCAACAAAUAAUAUACAAGGAAUUAUAAACAAUACAAAUAAUAAUAAUAAUACAUUAGAAAUAUCAUCACAAAAUUCUAGAAUAAUAUAUGAUCAAGGAAAUAUAGAUAUUGGGACAAAAACAAAACCAUAUGAAUACACAAAGCAUAGUACAAAUACGGAUAUUCUGAAUUUUGAGAAGAAAAAAAUUGACGAAUCUGAAAAUCUUAAAAAGUGGAAGUCUCAUAUAAUAUCAAAGAAAUAUGAAGAGGAUUGGCUAUCGUCAGAUGUCCUUUUAUCAUGUUUUUUGAAUUUUAUUAAAUUAAAAAAGUAUGUAAAUAUAGCUGAAUUGUCUGUUAAGUUCCAGACAACAACUGAGGAUAUAAGAGAAAAACUCGAGGAAUUAGAGACUUUAGACAUGAUAAAUGGGGUUCUUGAUGAAAAAGGGAAUUAUAUUUAUUUAUCACAAGAUGAAAUUAAUAAAUUAUGUUUGGAAAUUCAAACAAAUGGAGAAGUUGAUACCCAUGAAGAUUUUGUGAACAUUUGCAACAAAAUUAUAUCACUAAGUAUUAAUGAAGCGGACAUGAAGAAAUUAAAAGAAGAGGAAGAAAAAAUUAUUAUUGCCAAAACGGAUAUAUUUUGA